AUGACGUCAUUGACGACGGAGCCACCCACCCUCCGUUCUAUUCCAUCCAUCGCCGCCUUCUCCCCCGCCGCACCCAACCGCCGUUCAUACAGAUGCUACAACUGCAACCACUCCUUCCAUAUAACGCCCACCGCCGCCAAUGCAUCCUCCGCCUCCCCCUCCUCGUUCCACUGCCCUAGCUGUCACUACCGCCACCUCAUCUCCCACCACACCAUCUCUCCCCCGCCGCCCGCCUCUACGACCCCGCGGCAGAACCCCGAUUACGCCGCCGGCUCGAGCACCUUCGCCUACCAGACCUCCGAUGACUCGGACUACGACGAAGAAGAUUACGAUUCCGACAGCUCCCUUCUCUCCUUUACGGCUCUCAAUUCCCAUCCGCGCACGCCCGCUCUGAAAUCCUUCGUUGGAUCGCUUCCGAUCAAAACAUUUUCCCCAAAUUCGACCCCGUCCCUAUCUUCGUGCUCAAUUUGCAUAGAGGAUUUUGAUAUCAAGCCCGACACUUGUGUAACUAUCAACGAGCUUCCCUGCGAGCACUAUUUUCACAGGGAUUGUAUUGUCGAGUGGCUCCAGAGGAGCAAUACUUGCCCUUUGUGUCGGUAUAAACUGCCUGUGGAUCCUAGCGGCCCGGUAGAGGUUGCUGACACAAGCAGCAAUCGGUGGGAGGUGGAGUAUGAUACGGUCUUGGUGGUGGAUUUAGCUCCGACUAGGAAUCCAAUGGUGAGGAGGAUGGAUAGUGUGGAGGAGGGUCUUGUUUCUAGUGGUGGAGCCUCGGCCUCUGAUAGGAGGGUUUUGGAAGCUAAUGGUGUGGGGGAUUUAGAUGUAAUGCACGAUGAGGAUGGUGAUGUUUUGAUGAUCGACGCGUAA